UGCAAUAAUGCUUAGGUCACGUUAAAGUUUAAGUCCUUUUGUUGUAAGUUGAGACCAGUAAGAGAGUUAGCUUCAUCAUCUGUCAACAUAAACUUUCCCCAUUCUGUACUAGAAACCGAUCAAAUUGUAGUAUCUUUAGCUCAUCUUUAAUCCAAUUCCUGUUCUCCACUUACAAUAGAAACAGAAAAGUAUGGAGCUUUGUGGACCUCACAUAUUCUUUUUUGUUUUAUAAUCGCGGUAUCCGAGCCAGCAUGUCUUGACUAGUUCCACAAGAGAUGGAAAAUAGCAAAUGGGAAGGGAAGAGAAACAUGAUGGAAGCAGAUAUGGAAGAGCAGGACGACGAGGAAGACGAAGAUUUUGUAGAGGAUACCAAAAGGAAGAGGGUCUUAACUCGCUCCGGAAGGAAGGUAUCCAUGGGAGAGGGGCCAAGGCAGCCUUCCUGUCAAGUUGAGGACUGCACCGCAGAUAUGGUGGAUGCUAAGGCAUACCAUCGCCGUCACAAGGUCUGUGAAUUUCAUGCAAAGGCUCCGGCAGUACCUAUUGGUGGACUCCUACAACGUUUCUGUCAGCAAUGCAGCAGAUUUCAUCAGUUGGCGGAGUUCGAUGAUACAAAAAGGAGUUGCAGGAGACGUUUGGCAGGUCACAAUGAACGCCGCCGUAAAAGUGCACAUGACUCUCCAGGAGAAGGGUCAAGUUGAAAGGGCAUCAGUACAAUUGAGAGAAAUCACCUACUUGUGGACUGUUUCCUCACCUACUUGUGGACUGAUGGAAACAGAAAUUCCCUUUGAAACAAUAGAUACAGAUUUACCAUGCUCGCUCUCUUCUGUCAGUUGCCAAAUUUCCUUUUUUAACAACUAUUAUCAUCUUCAGGUAUGCAUUGAGUAGUAAUUUCAUUUCGCUGAAAUGAAAAUAGUAUGUAAAAAAUGUGUUGUUAACUGUGUCUGUUAGUACUUCGAUAAUUCGAAGAUUGAAAAUAUAAUUAUCCUGUGUUUCAUA